GUAACACUUCCUGAUUGUGCUAUUUUUGCCUUACUGCAGGAAGGAGGUGUCAAAGCUCUUGAAGUCCGCUUUCAUUAAGGGUGCAGACAGAGGAAUAGAGUUUGCUUCACAUGGCCUGAUGAGCUUUUUAAUGUUUACGACAUAUGUUAUGCUAGGGAACACUCUUAAUGCUGCUGUCGUGUUUAGYUCUUUGGCAUUACUGAACAGGCUGGUGAUCACRAUGGGAAAACAUUUUCCUCUGGGAAUAAAAAAGCUCAGUAUCUCGUUGGURGCGAUAAAGAGAAUUCAGGAGUUCUUGGAGCUUGAUGAAUUGCGGUAUAAAGGUAUCACAAGGAGUAACCCUGGAAAGAUGAGCGAGAAAGGUGUGUUGGUGAACAACAUUACAGCUUCUUGGAACAAGAAUUCUACAAGUCCUACACUUGAAAAUAUAAGCUUUGAAAUUAGGAAGGAUGACUUAAUGAUGCUGGUUGGUCUUGUUGCUUCGGGCAAGACGUCAUUAUUAAUGUCGAUUCUUGGGGAACUACCGCUUUCAAAAGGUAACAUCAAAGUUGCUGGAAAGAUCGCUUAUACWUCACAAAUGCCUUGGAUCUUCUCAGGAACAGUAAAACAAAAUAUUUUGUUCGGACAAAACAUGAUUGAAUCGAGAUACAAAAGAGUGAUAGCGGCAUGUGCACUAGAGAAGGACAUAGAAUUGAUGCCUGAGGGAGAUAUGACGUUAGUUGGAGAAAAAGGCUUAUCGCUUAGUGGCGGACAGAAAGCCAGAAUCAACUUAGCCAGGGCAAUAUACUAUAAUGCUGAUAUCUAUCUGCUUGAUGACCCACUGACUGCCGUGGACGCUCGUGUCGGAAGACAUAUUUUCGAUGAAUGCAUCCAGGGUUUACUCAAAGAAUGCCCAACAAUCUUAGUCACACAUCAAUUGCAAUUUCUAAACAACGCUACUCAGAUUAUAUGCCUGAAAGAGGGUAGAAUACUUGGAAUAGGUACUCAUAGCGAGCUAGCUUCAUCUGGUAUUGACUUGAUAUCUCUAAUCAAGACCAAGCCUACCCAAGACGCCGAAGAUAGCUCAGUUGAUAGUGCAUUAGAAGAAGAAGAAUCGWGUGAAUCGUCCAUGCUGCUAGUACCAGACAAAAGCCCAAAGAGAUCGAGUUCUAUAAAAGCAUUGUGUCGAAGAAGUUUCUCUUCAUCGACUGACAUACAGCUUGAUCUGGACAUUCCCGCUAAUGAGUCCCAGAUAGCACAAGAGGUGGAUGUUGAGCCUGAGGACCGGCUACGCGGUAGCAUUCCCUGUCGGUUUUACAUAAGACUGUUCAACGCAGGCGCAAACUGCUAUGUUCUGGCGCUGUUGUUUAUUCUCUUCAUUCUUACUCAGGUCAGAAAUUAACUCAAGAUUUAUCGCAGAACAGCGUCUUCUAUCCAGACUCCCAUCAAAUGCAACCGACACCCCUCGCCAAGUAGAAUACAAUAAGCUCUUCUAUAUAUACGUCUAUCUUGGAGUUGUCGUAGYAACGUUUCUGUUUUCAAUUGCGAAGACGUUUCUGUUUUUCCAUGUCAAAAUCAACGCUUCAAAAAACCUGCACAAUCAAAUGUAUGACGCAGUUAUCAGAGCCUCGCAAUACUUCUUCGAUACCAAUCCUCUUGGUCGAAUUAUUAAUCGAUUCUCUAAAGACAUUGGAUACACGGACGACUUGAUACCAGAAACGUUUUACGAAUUUCUGCAUCUCUUCAUCGUGAGUAUCGCUAUAGUCAUCGUUAAUGUGGUUAGCAUGCCGUGGAUUUUGAUUGGUCUUGCACCGUUAACCAUUGUUUUUUGGUGUGCACGCAACUAUUACCUUAAAACUGCACGAGAACUUAAACGUCUCGAGGCCAUUGGUCGUAGUCCAGUCUUCAUCCACUUCUCRUCAACUCUAGAGGGUAUAUCGACUAUUCGGUCACUAUCACUUCAAAAUAUUGUUACCAAGGAGCUGAGCACGUGUCAAGAUCAUCAUACUGAGGCUUGGUUCCUGUUCCUCGGUGCGUCAAGAUGGCUGGCCUAUCGCCUGGAGUUUUUAUGCUUUUUAUUUGUCUCGAUGGCUGCGUUUGCUCCACUGUUCAUAGCAGAGAAACAAAGAGUGGACGGAGGGAUCGUUGGUCUUGCCUUGACAUAUGCCCUUGUCUUGACCGGAAUGUUUCAGUGGUGUGUUCGCAUCAGUGCAGAGGUUGAAAACCAGAUGACAUCUGUUGAACGAAUAUUUGAGUAUUGUGAGUUGGAGUCAGAAGGAAAAUGGAAAGAAUCUAACGAAGAGCUUCCAUCGUCUUGGCCAGAACACGGCAUUAUAACAGCAGAACAGUUAUCACUACAAUAUCACUCUACCCUCCCACGGGCGCUCAAAAACGUCUAUUUUUGUAUUAGAGCAAAGGAAAAGGUUGGUAUCGUUGGACGCACUGGUGCUGGCAAGUCCUCACUAAUGGCAGCCAUAUUACGAAUUGCUGAACCUAAAGGUCGUCUUCUUAUAGAUGGGAUAGACGUCACUGAUAUUGGUCUACAUGACUUGCGCAGUAGAAUAUCUGUCAUACCCCAGGAUCCAGUAUUAUUUGGUGGAACUCUACGACACAAUCUUGAUCCAUUUAAUGAGUAUUCUGACAAGGACCUGUGGAAUGCUUUAGACGAGGUCCAGCUUAGAAAUGAUAUCGGUGAACUUUCUGGAGGACUUGACACUGACGUCACUGAAUCCGGUUCAAAUUUUAGCGUUGGCCAGCGGCAACUAAUUUGUUUAGCACGUGCAUUGCUAAGACAUAAUGGAAUUCUAAUAGUAGAUGAAGCAACAGCUCACGUGGAUAAUAAAACUGAUGUAUUAAUUCAAGAAACCAUACGUAAGAAAUUUUCCAAUUGUACCGUAUUAACGAUAGCCCAUAGAUUGAACACCAUUAUGGACUCAGACAGGGUGAUGGUUCUUGACAGUGGGAAACUAGUGGAAUUUGACGAGCCAUACAUCUUACUGCUUGAUAAAGAAACAUUGUUCUCGAAGCUUGUAGGYCAAACAGGCAAAACUAAUUCAGUUAGGCUGCUAGACAUGGCCAAAGCAUCAUUUGAGAAACAGCAUCAGCCAGAACCAAUGGACCAUGUGCCUGAGCAUCUCAGGGACAUCUCAGGUCGAACUUAGACGCAUUUUUGCAUUUAACUAGAUUUUCAGAUAUUGAAAUUGAGUCUACUUAAACAAUAUUUCGAGGGCGUUAGGCUGUGAUAGUUGCCCACGGACUGGAUGUUUCGAUAAAGAAAUAGUCAACCGAGAACGCCGUUUUGAGGAAMAUCCAGUUUCGAAGACUAACUAUCACAGCAAAAUACCCGAGAAUUCAACUGCUCUAUUUUGUUAUUUAACAACAAAAUUUUCUGGAGCAGCGGUCUCCAUAAUCUGAUAGUAGCACUUCGCGAUGGGCGGCAAUAUCGCGUCACGUGGUCCAUUCUUCACCAAUGAGAGCGGAGGAAAAUUUGUUCAAUAAUAAUUCAUAAUAGUGAGUUAAGGUGAAAAACACUUCCCUGGACAGUAAUUUACCGUGACGAACAUCUACGUUCUAAUUCAGUAAAGAUUAUCUAAAAUUCAUGAGGUCCAUAACCUUCAAAUUCAAUUUCAUUUUAUACAGUAUACAAAUAAAUACAUAACACAACAUAAAUGCAAAAUAUUACUACAAACUCUCAAGUAGCAUAGCUAAUCUAGGUGGGUUUAUGUAAAGUAUUGUCUAAACUGUUCCGUUGAGUCAGUUAAACUGCUGAGCAAACGAGAACUGAGCACCAGUCCUGUAGCGACCUUUUUCAUAAAAGAAUAAAAAAAUAACUGCUC